GGAGCAGUCUAGGAAGGGGGAAUUCUAGGAAUAGCUCCUGAGUUGGAGAUCACCGGGAGUAAUUCUGUCUCUGCUCUUUCUUCAGGAAUCCUGCCCAGGGAAACACCCCCUCACCUUUGCCUGGGGUUCUAGAUGUUCACUAGUUUCACCUUGGGUUUUACUGGGUUGCUGUUCCCUGCUGGACAGAGAGUGGGAGUGGAGGAACCCCCUAGGGAUGGAUACCUGGUCCUCUCUUUCCCUUGCCAUCCAAAACAUAGGUAGUUUGAACAUUGCAUCUUUGUAUCACAUCAGCCUGUGCUUUUCUACUCUCCCUACCGAGGAUGCGCUAGGUGUGGGCUGGCGCCUACCCCACCCUGCAGUGACCAUGGAUCCCGGAGCUGGAUCUGACUCAUCUCUGACUGUCAACGAGCAGGUCAUUGUGAUGUCAGGCCACGAGACCAUCAGAGUAUUGGAAGUCGGAGUGGAUGCCCAGCUUCCAGCCGAGGAGGAGAGCAAAGGGCUGGAGAGUGUGGCAGCUGGUGGCUCCCAGACUGGAGGCCCUGUUGAAGCCAGUGGACCUGCUAGUGAAGCUGGGCCAUGUGACCCAGACCAUUCUGCGGAGGCAACUGUGACGUCGCUGCCCGGAAUCCCUCCGAGUCCUGCCCCAGCGAUCGCCACCUUCAACCAAGCCCCGAGCCAGCCUCAGGCAUCACAGACCCUGACGCCGCUGGCUGUACAAGCUGCCCCCCAGGUCUUGACUCAGGAAAGCUUAGCCACAGUUCUGACAGGAGUUAUGGUCCCAGCAGGGGCUGUUACUCAACCUCUUCUUAUCCCCAUCGGUAUUACAGGUCAAGUGGCUGGGCAGCAGGGGCUGGCCGUGUGGACAAUCCCUACAGCAACUGUGGCUGCCCUCCCAGGACUGACCGCGGCCUCUCCCACGGGGGGAACUUUCAAGCCACCUUUAGCUGGUCUCCAAGCAGCUGCCGUGCUGAACACCGCUCUCCCGACACCUGUACAAGCUGCCCCACCAAUCCAGGCCUCCUCGCCUGCCCAGCCCCGGCCACCAGCUCAGCCCCAGCCGCUGUUCCAGACCCAGCCGCUGCUACAGACCACGCCUACCAUCCUCCCACAACCCACCGCUGCCGUUGCUGCCCCCACACCCAAGCCAGUGGAUGCCACCCCGCAGAUCACCGUCCAGCCUGCAGGCUUUGCACUUAGCCCAGGGAUCAUCAGUGCAGCCUCCCUCGGGGGACAGACGCAGAUCCUGGGCUCCCUCACUACAGCUCCAGUUAUUACCAACACCAUUCCCAGCGUGCCCGGGAUCAGCAGUCAGAUCCUCACUAAUGCUCAGGGACAGGUUAUCGGAGCACUUCCGUGGGUAGUGAACUCAGCUAGCGUGGCCACACCAGCACCAGCACAGAGUCUGCAGGUCCAAGCCGUGACUCCCCAGCUCUUGUUGAAUGCCCAGGGCCAGGUGAUCGCAACCCUAGCCAGCAGCCCCCUGCCUCAGCCUGUGGCUGUCAGGAAGCCAAACACACCGGAGUCCCCUGCUAAGAGUGAGGUGCAGCCUAUCCAGCCGACACAAGCCGUGCCCCAGCCUGCCGUAAUCCUCACCAGCCCAACCCCAGCGCUCAAGCCGUCAGCCUCAACUCCCAUCCCGAUCACCUGCUCAGAGACCCCAACCGUCAGUCAGUUGGUAUCAAAGCCGCACACUCCAAGUCUGGAUGAGGACGGGAUCAACUUAGAAGAGAUCCGGGAGUUUGCCAAGAAUUUUAAGAUCCGGCGGCUCUCCCUGGGUCUGACACAGACCCAGGUGGGCCAGGCUUUGACCGCGACAGAAGGGCCAGCCUACAGCCAAUCAGCCAUCUGCAGGUUUGAGAAAUUGGACAUCACACCCAAGAGCGCUCAGAAGCUGAAGCCGGUUUUGGAAAAGUGGUUGAUGGAGGCGGAGCUCCGGAACCAGGAAGGCCAGCAGAAUCUGAUGGAGUUCGUGGGCGGUGAGCCCUCCAAGAAACGCAAGCGGCGUACUUCCUUUACACCGCAGGCCAUAGAGGCUCUCAACGCCUACUUUGAGAAGAACCCCCUGCCCACCGGCCAGGAGAUCACAGAGAUUGCCAAGGAGCUCAACUAUGACCGGGAAGUGGUGAGGGUCUGGUUCUGUAAUCGACGCCAGACACUGAAGAACACCAGCAAGCUGAAUGUCUUCCAGAUCCCAUAGGGCUCAUGUCAGUGUGUGCCGCGUAUGCCGGUGCUCCAUACUCUUCCCUCAGCAACCAGCUGAAGUCACUGCGGUGGCCGUACCUGUGCAGCCAUGCUUGCCCUAGGUCGUGAGACUCCACCUGUGCAUGCGUGUCAAUGCCUGCCUCUUCUGCCCACAUAUGUCACACCCUGGGGAGGCCCAAGGGGCUGCAUGAGAGCCCUAGGCUCUGGGCUGCGCAUGUGGAAGGAAGGGGUUUGUGGGGUCCAUAGAAAAGCACUUUGCUAAGGUGGUUUCUGAAGGGUGAAUUCUGGUUGGGAACUAGAAAGGCUCUGCCUUUGGGACAGGGCUGUAGCAACCUUUGGGGGCAGCUGUGUAGUAGCUCUUGGUUUCGGUGGCACCCUUCACUCCUCUGCGGUUGUGCCCGUGUGACAACUCACCCGGUGGAUCUGCAGCCUCACACUGCCUCCCUAACUCUGUCUAUGGGCACACUGAACCCCUUAAAGGACAGAGGCGAUGGAAUCCAGAGAAGCAUGGUGUGCUGCUACACUCACUGUCUGCCUUGAUCUUGAGGGCAGAAAGUUCCCAAAGUGACGCCGAGGGGUCGGAUGCCCAAGGUCAGGAGCUUCGAGGUCUCUCCCCGGGUCCUGCUGGUGGUGGGUUUGUGCUCACUCAGAAUGAUCUCUUCCGAAAACCAAGCUGGAAGGAAGCAAGAGUGAACUCUCCCACCCUGGAGAGUCUUAAGUCUGUGGCAGGUCUGGAAUUUAUAAAGUAAAUGAGGACGUCCACCCAGACUUUAACCUAAGUUUCCAGCUGUCUUCCGACACAAGAGCAUGCUAGAGUUUGGGAAAUUUUCCACUGCCCACUUCCACAGGCAGCAGCACGGGACAUGGAUUCCAACUGACUUCCCCCCUCUCUUGUGCCCAUACCCAUCUCAGUCCAGGACUGAGAUGUCUUUGAGGAGCUGGCGUGGGAGGAAGACAGAAUCUGAAGGGAUGAUGGUCUGGGAGGUCUCUUGUUGAGGCUGACUUAAUUCUAGUUUUGUUUGUAACUUAAAGUCUUGGAGGUCUCCAAAGACUUCACUUUGUCCAGUUGUGACCAGAUCUGUGUGUGAGCAACCCCCGUCCUCACCCCUCUGUGGUGCUCCUCUGAGCCAACAGUGCCCAGGUCAGGGCUUUCCCUCGGUAGGUGAUGGCAAUCCGGGGCCUGGCAUCACACCCAAGCCGCUAAGCCAGUCUUUCCAGCCAGAGAGGUGGCCAGACUUUUCACUUUAGUGCCCUGGCUGGGAAAUGUAGCUCAGUGGGAGAGAGUUUAGCAUGUAUAAGGCUCCAGAGUCAGAGUGUAGCACUGAGGGGAAACACUGCUUUCAAGAAGUCAGGAAAGAGCUAAGACGUUCGCUUGGAUGACCCUUUACAAGCUGCAGGCAUCAACUGUCUUGCUCCUUUUGGGGUUGGUUUGUUGGCUUUUGUUUUGUUUGAGAUAGGAUCACAUUUUAGCCCAGGCUAACCUCAGACUUGGAGUUGAAGGCGGCCUGAUCCUCCUGUCUCCACUUCCCAAGCGCUGGGACUGCAGUCACAUCCCUGUGCCUGGCUCUUCUCCACUCCAUAGCCUUACAGAGCUCAGUCUCUGGGUGAUGUUGACAUCACGUGAUCUACCCUGAGGAAAUGACUCUCAAACAUGGACACGAUGCGGUCUCUGCUGGUCCCAGUGCAGAGAUACUAGGGCACGGCUUCCUCUCUCCUACUCUGUUCCCUUUCCUGAUGACUGCUAGUCCCUCUUGGGUCCUGCAGCGCCUGUGCGGAGGACCUCCUAGUGUAGCUCUGACACCGAGAGGAGGGCAGUUGUGUGCUGAUUACACACACACACACCCCACUGCAUUCCGAGUCUGUCAGGUUUAAGGAGACAAGUAGGUAGCUCUCCUGACCCUGCCUCCCAAGAAAGACUAUUUCCCGGUCACGUGAUUAUCAGCCCACUUCCGUGAGAUGGGAAGUCAGGAGGGGUCCAGUAAGAGAGCUUUCGGUAGGGAUGCUUAGAGCCCUGAAGCUUAUCAAGAUGGUGCGCCUGAGAAAAUGAUAUGCAGCUUCUCUUGCUCAAAGCCUGCACUCAGGAGCUACUCCACAGUGCAGCCGUGCUGUGGACAUGGGAGGAUACCACCUGUUCUGUGCAUGAGAGGGGGGAAAAAAUCAUGAACCACUGGUCUAAAUGAAGCCUGACCAUACAUUCUCACUCCAUCCUUUGUCUAAAUCUGUCUUCCCAAGGCUGGACUGGAACGAACCAUUUUCUCCUGUGUUGGAAAGACACGUCGGUCUUUCAGAACAGUACCAUGUUUACAGGACGGACUUCUCAUGUGUAUAAAGUGUACCCUAAAGUGGGGUUCGCUUUGGCCUUUGAACUCUGCCCCUGCCCCCUAGCCUGGGCCACUGAUCUACAGUCUUUGUUAUUUGGGGGAGCAUUAGACUCUAAAAAAGUGUUAAUAGCAGUUUUAUCAUGAAAGCACCUUCUCGGACGUAAGCCCGCGCUCAAUGGCUCUUUUGCCCUGGAAAGGGGAGAAUGGGAGGAAGUAGUUCAACUGUGUGGUUGGUUUGUUUUAAGUGAUGGGAAACCAAGACUCUCUGUGGCCCUGCUGAAUUAGCUGCGCCCUUCGACCCUGCACUAACUAUGGCACUUCACCCAAGCAAAGUCCACGGAAGAAACUGGUCACACGAACCUUGAACGCACGUGAGUUUGGAAUGAGAACACCUGAUGUGUUUGUGUUCUUGAAAAUGCAGUCACCUUCCUUUGCCCAGGACUCCUUUCCUGCCUGGCGGGCCACAUCCCCGGAAGUCCCAACAGUCCCCUGGCUCGGGGCACCGCCCACUGCCAGCUGGGGAGGAGGAUGGGGGAGGAUUGCCGUAUCGUGUGAA